ACAGGCUAUCCGCCUUCCGAGCCCGUCUCACGGUCCACGCCCAUACCCCGGACGAGGCACAGAGAUACCACUCGCUUCCACUCCCUACUCUCUCUCUCGCUCCCCCUUCCGUCCCACUGGCUAUGGCGUCCAUCCUCCUCGGCGCUACCUCCAUCGCUCAAUCGAACCGAACUCCAUACCGCCUUUGCUCCACGGUGGGGCGACGGUCGCCCCCGCUUUCUCUCACCAGGAGGAAACUGACGGUGAGGGCGGCAGAAACCGAUGCUAACGAAGUGAAAGCCACGGCUCCGGAUAAGGCUCCAGCGAGCAAUGGAGGCUCGAGCUUCAAUCAGCUUCUCGGGAUAAAGGGAGCGGCGCAGGAGUCGGAUAAAUGGAAGAUCCGUGUUCAACUCACCAAACCUGUCACUUGGCCUCCGUUGGUAUGGGGAAUUGUAUGUGGAGCUGCUGCUUCUGGAAAUUUUCACUGGACCGUGGAAGAUGUAGCUAAAGCUAUUGUUUGCAUGCUGAUGUCUGGACCAUGCCUUACAGGCUUCACACAGACACUUAAUGAUUGGUAUGACAGAGAAAUUGAUGCAAUCAAUGAGCCUUACCGUCCCAUUCCUUCAGGAGCAAUAUCUGAGAAUGAGGUUAUAACUCAGAUCUGGUUGCUGCUUUUAGGAGGCCUCAGCUUGGCAGGUUUAUUAGAUGUGUGGGCCGGGCACAAGGUUCCUGUUAUCCUUUAUCUAGCUUUGGGUGGAUCCUUGCUUUCUUAUAUAUAUUCAGCUCCACCAUUAAAGCUCAAGCAGAAUGGAUGGAUUGGAAAUUUUGCUUUAGGGGCAAGUUACAUCAGUUUGCCAUGGUGGGCUGGUCAAUCUCUGUUUGGAACCCUUACUCCUGACAUAAUUGUACUCACACUGUUGUACAGCAUAGCAGGGCUGGGGAUUGCCAUUGUUAAUGAUUUCAAGAGCAUCGAAGGAGACAGGGCUUUAGGACUGCAGUCACUUCCAGUUGCUUUUGGUAUUGAUACUGCCAAAUGGAUAUGUGCUGGUGCAAUUGAUAUUACUCAGUUAUCAAUCGCAGGUUACCUGCUUGGUGCUGGUAAGCCAUUAUAUGCACUAGCACUGCUUGGGUUGAUAAUCCCACAGGUGGUAUUUCAGUUUCAAUACUUCUUGAAGGAUCCAGUGAAGUAUGAUGUCAAAUAUCAGGCUAGUGCACAACCCUUCCUGAUCCUGGGUCUCCUGGUAACAGCCCUGGCUACCAGCCACUGAUUCCCACGUCGGAGUCACACCAGUCUGCUGUGCAACAGCAGCAUCACAAAAAUGUGAACCAUCCCGGAAUCUUCCAAUCCUCACAUUGUGAACCAUGAACCACUCACCCCCUUGCUUGAUGCAGAGAUUUGUGAUUCUGUGAUUCCCAUUGUAACAGCAUUGCCAUUGACCAUAAGCCUCUCCUCAAUUUUCAAGUAAACGGGCACGGGAGAGAACUACCAGAAGAACCAUCACAACGUAGCAAUGUAGAAGUCGCAGCUUCCCGUUGGUAGCUUUCUUUUUAUUCCGUCACUUAGAACCUGUAACUUGCAUUAGCAACUUUUGCUUGUAUAUUUAAAGUGUCUUCAAACGGUUUUCACUACACACCUGCUUGAGAUAUUAUUAGCACAAACUGACGUGACUGAGUUCAGAUACAAUUCA